ACCGAACCCAGAUAGAACCCAACAGUUGGGUUCAAUGGAAUCCAAAUCAGCUAGGUUCCAUCAAACCUAGCUGCUGGGUUCGUUCGAUUGUGCUAGGUAUUGACGAACCAACACAUCUCCCACUCUUAAUCCAUCUUCUUCCCCUCUUUCUUCCCUCUCUAUCAAACCCAAAUCUGCUGGGUUCCAUCAAUCCCUUUCUUCCCCUCCUUCUUCCCUUCUUUCUUUCUUCCCCUCUUUCUUUCUUCCCCUCUUUCCCCUCUUUCUUCUCUCUUUGUGAAACCCAGAUCUACUGGGUUCGAUGGAACCCAGCAGAUCUAGGUUCCAUCUUGCACACUAACAUUCACCGUUUCCUUUUCUCUUAUUUAGUUCACAUGAAUUUAAGACUCCACAAAAAUGGCAGAAGCCGCACUGUGUGGUGAAAAGUCUACUCAAUUUCUUUCUUUUCUGCGCUCUUUAGCCGCACCACAGCCAGGUGCGGCGCCAUGCUUCGGCCGUGUCCGCUUCGUCACGUCGAAGCCCGCUCCGCUGCGUGUCUUGGCCAUGUCUGUCAAGAGAAGCCCUAAGCGCCUGAAAUAUUCAGCUCCUCGCUUUACCAAGGUCUAAUUUCUUCUCUUUAGAUAGUCCUUUUUUUUUAAUUUAUUUUCUCUUCUUUUUUUUUUUCAGUCUCAUAAUAUAAGGAUCAAGGAGAAAUUAGCCAAACAAUAUGCUUCUUGUAGUUUGUUUCAUUUCGUGAAAUGUUGUUACAAUCAAGAGAUGUGAGAAAUUGGUUUCUGAAACUCCAGAAUUAAGUGAAAUAAUGAAAUCACAAUCUUCAA